AUGGCAGGCGAGACAAUGGCGAGCAAGCAGACCCAUGCCUUUGUCAUCCGAUCACUGGUGAACACGUUUGGCGUGGUGGUCUCGGGCACGGUGGCGCUGCUCACCUUUGAUCCGUUUCUUGUUCUCCCACUUCUUGUCCUCAUUGUGGGAGUGAUGCUUGUGUUUGAGCUGGCGGCGCUGUGGCCAUCGUCGCCAGUGGCCACCCUUGCUGCCGAGCAGCCACACUAUUACGCUACCUGGCGCAUGCAAUGGUUGCCGUGGCGGAUGGCCGAGUACUCGGGCCUCUUCCUCUCACUCUUUACUCUGCAGCGCAUCCUCGAGGCCGUGCUGGUUGUAGUUGCCGGCGCCGGCUGCAUCAUGCUCGCUUUGUCAGCAACGACCGCCGAUCUGCCCGAUGUGCGAAACAGGGUGAGUGACGAGCCGACCAUGGCCUGGCCGCUGCUGGUCGUCGUGGUCCUCGUCGCGAGCCACAUGGUGUUCGGCAUGGCGUGGUGGAUCAUUGAUCCGACAAGCGACGCCCCGCAGUCUGGCUUUUACGCCCUUCGCUCUGCCCGCUCGCUCCUGCUUGCGGUCCCGGCCGUCCUCGGCAUCACGGUUGGUGCCGGCGAGUACUAUGGGUUGGUCGCUGCUUUGGCCUUUGGCCUCCCGUGGCUUGCUCGUGAACUGCACGCGGUGGUAUGGGCUCGAUCGGCGAGCGCCAACGCCCGCGAUGUGGUCCGCACCCGCUACGCACCCGAGCUUGCGCAGCCGCUGCCUGCCGUUCGAUGGGGUUCCCGCUACCUUGUGGCACAGACCCACGACGACGAGAGCGACUCGUACGAGACCGCCACACUCACUGUCAACGAGUACUCGGGCUCGUCAAGCUCGAACUCGCUCUCGAUCUCGGUGUCGCCAACCAAGUUUGAGGCCCUAGCCACGCCGCUCAACCGCCGCGCUGCCAUGUUGGCCGCCCGCCUCGAGACAACUACUCGGACGUAUGCGGUUGUGGACUCGCUUGUGGACGCCGGCUACAUCGCGAGGGACGAAACUGAUGACGAGCUUGAUGCGCGGUUUGCGCUGUCAUCGCUUCCGUCUCCGACGGGCUCGGGCGCAUCCUGCUCGUCAGUGUCGACACUGAGCGGUUCAGAGCAGCACGCUGAGCCGUCCGACCGUGGCCGAGACACCCACGCGCCGACCCAUCGUGGCCUGGCGUUCUGGAGUCGAUGGCAGAGCCGAGGCCAGCAAGUGCUUGGUGUCGCGGUCCAUGUUGCCACGCUUGCCGUCGCGGUUGGGCUUGGCGCCACCGGAGUUCUCCUUCUGCAGAGCAGCGACCGCCCGGGCGUCCUCAAGCAGGCGUAUGCAGGGGCGCCGAUGGUUGCGGUUGCGGUUCUCCUCCUCCUCAUUCAGGGCGUGCUGGCUUGCUGGCGGAGCCGAGCUCGAUUUGUGGUCUCGGCGCCGCUUCGGUUUGUGCUCUUGCGCAUGUCAGCUAUUCCACUCUUGGCGCCGUGGUCGCUAGCCGCUGUUGCGCUGGCAGGUCACCCGCUGGCGGCCGCGAUCCUGGCGUCGCUGAUGGCAGUGACGCUCUGCGGCUUUGAGCUCACUGCGUGGCUCCCGCUCUCGCCGCUCCCAGCCAAGCUGUCGUACACGCGGCUGCGCCAGCUCGGGCGUCGGAUCCGCCUCCCGACGCUGCCGUGGGAGACUGCGCUGUGGGGUGUGUGGCCCGUCGUUACGCAUGCAGCGUUUGUCACGGCUGGCAUCGGGACACUGGCAACUGCGGUUGUUGCUGCGCUUGACGCCACGCUCUCGGACAAGACCGGGCGCGACCGCGAGACGCGUAACUUUGACGACACUUUGUGGAUGUGGCUGGCCCCGAUGGGCGUUGUUGGCUAUCUGACCGCCUUUACUCUCCAUAGUCGCUCGUGCGACGCUGCCGAGUCGGCUGCGCAGCCGAGGCGGUUUGCCAAGUACGAGGCGGUGGUGCGGAAGCGCAAAGCGCGGUCGGUCGCUCUGUUUAGGCGUAGCAUGACCGCACUGUCCGAUCCGACGGUGCUGGAGGCUCCAGGCCGGCACUUGCUGUCAUCGUCGCAGUCGUCAUCGUCGGCAUCGCCAUCGUCGUCCGAGUACGAGAGCGACUCGUCCGAGGAGUGGGCGGCUCGUGACGGGCGGGACACAGAGAUGGCACUCGAUGCCGGUGCACUGCCGUCGUUCCGGUCGUCCGAUACGGACUCUGACCACGAGUCGACGGUGGUCGAUUUGGCAGAGCGAGUGCGCGAGCGGCGGCUGGCCGGGGUGGCGUACCCAUCACCGGCGCAGCGGUCGGGCCGCAAGGGACCGCCGGCCGACGUGGCGCUGCUCUUGCUCGGGGUGGUUUUUCUGGUAUCAAUGUCUGUGGAGAACUCGCCGCUGGCGGACAACAUGGUGCUGGAACACGUGGUGCUGGCGACAAGCUUUGCGCUGGGCGCCAUGGGUGUUCUACUUGGCGCCGUCAUGCUGGUGGUGGCGGCGGCAAGCAGCGAAGCAGCGCCAAGCAUGGUGCUGCGCGGUCUGGCGACCGGGCUCACCGGUCUGGGACUUGUGGCGGCUUUGGCGGCGCUCCGUAUCCGCAACAAGGCCGAGUUUCAGCGAAAGUUUGGGCCGAGCGAGCUGGUCCACAUUCCGGUGAGCAACGGGCUGCUUGAGGACUCCAAGGUGGUGGUCUGCGCGGCGGUGGCCGGUGUGUACCGGACAGCGCUGAGCAAUCUGCUUGCGAGCGCGGCCGGGCAUGCGGCGCGUGAUUGGAAGCACGCGCUACGAAUUCGGCUGCGGAUGCUGCCGUCGUGUGUGCUGGUGGCUGGGAUGACGUCUGCGCUUGUGGUGGUCCCUGUCUGGCUCCACUGGCUCAUUGAGCAGCACGAUACCGGGCGAGGCGUCUUUGGGCUCACGGCGUGGCGCGGCGUCGGGUACAGCUUGGUGGUGACGGGCGGACUCGGCGGAUGCAUUGUGCACCUUAUUGCCAUCUCACUAUACGGGUAUGGGCCGCUGGUGGCCGCCUUUGUCUCGACGUCGACAUCGCUGGCUGAGGUACGGUACCUUGCGCUGAGUGCCUUGCUCAUUGCUGGAUGGCAGGUGGCGAUGACUGGAGCCGCAUGGCGGUCGCUGGAGAGCGUGAACUUGCACGAAGCCGCACCGUGGCUGAGCGUGGUCCUGUGGGCUAUUGUGGGCGUGUGUGGAUGUCUGAGCGGGACGCGCGCGUUUGCGCUGCUGCAGUUUGCAGACCGGCGGAAGCGGCUGUUCCAGGUGGCGUCUGCUCAAGGGUACAUCAACAACGACUUUGCUGUGGUAUUCUAUAACGGCGGCGAGGCAUCUUCACGAACCAAGAUCAGCAACGUGCUGCUCGCGGACGAGUCGCGGGUUCACUACUCGGCGCCGUCGCAAAGUGUGGCGGGCAACCAGGACGUGGUCUUUGAGCACUGCGGGUACAAAACCAACGGGUUUGUGCUGGAGAAGCUUGUAGUGCGGGUGCCCAAGGUGGCGGCGUAUCCGUUGCGGUACGGCAUGGUCUGGGUUCACGACGAGCUCGAUGCGGCCAAGCUCGCGAGCUACACGCGCAAGUACGAUUCGAUGACGCUCGACGAGUUCUGCAGGCUCAAGCGGCGUGGGGUGUCGACCGAGCCGAUCCUGUUCUUUGAAGUGGGCAACGGGUCGAGCGAAGUCAUCGACAUUGGCAUGCCCGCGGCAGGCAAGUACGUCCACAUCAAGUUUCUUGGCUCGCGAGUGGGGACGAUUGCGCCGACGACCGAGCUGUUGAGCGGGCGAAAGCAGGCCAAGGCCAAGGCCAAGGCGCUGGUCAAGGCGGCGCGCAAGGCGCGGGCAGUGGUUGCGCCGCGGGUGGAUGUCGAGUUCAUUGGCCUUGUUGGCUACAAUAAGUAUCUGUACGACGUCGAGGCGCGGCGGUGCGGAUGCGGGUACGCGCUGCGGUAAGACCUACCACGCGCGGAGCGACGAGUUGUUGCGGCGGGUGAGCCAGCGGUCGAGCUCCUCCCAGAACGCGUUGGCAAUGGCGCGGUCGCGGUGGCGGACCACCUUGGAGAUGCGCAUGACAUGGACGUUCCACUUCUUGACGUUGGCCGGAAUGGACUCGUCGUCAAACUGCAGGUGGAAGCCGCGGACAUGGGCGAGAAUGUCGACGGGGUCGUUCCACGGCCAGCCCUUAAACUGCCACUUGGGACCUGCGACAAAGACGGCGACAACGCGGGUCCACUCGUCGCUGGUCAGCUUGUUGGGGUCGUCCUCGACGCGGUACGGCACACGCUCGUCGCCGCGCUGGCGGACGACAACGGUUUUGGGGUUG